AUGGACUUGCUGGGUCGCCACCCGCCCGGCGGAAAUGACACGGGCAAGUCGACGUGCAGCGAUCUGGAGUCGCAGCGUUUGGCUUACGUAUGCUCGACGAUUUUGGCUUUUGCCCCCGAGAAUUCUGGAUCUUCUGGUUAUGAAACACUUUGGGUCGAUGAGUACAGUAGGUUUAUGUGCACGACCGUCAGCACACCAGGAACGCACGCUACCACCAUUCUGGCAUGGUCUCGCAGAUCAUGGGCAGCGUUAAUUGAACAGCACUUCGACAUUUUGAACCCAACUGACACAACACACCCAAUGCUUCCACCCAGUGAGCAUCUUGGGAUAUUUGGGUUAUUGAUUUCCAUGCGGAGUACGGAGUACAGAUUCCUACCAUCUCAGCCAGUGCCAAGCAAGCGUGUUAGACACAAUGGCAUUGCAGACGACGACAAUCAGGCUCUUGGAACAGUGCUCAGUCUGAAAGGCUGGCUGGAUGAGAUCUGUUAUGCAGGUACCAAAUGAUUGAGCGAAUCAAAGCAGACUGCACUGCCAUAGCCUUAGUACGAUCGUUGGACAUGAAUCUCUCAAUUGAUUGACUUUGUUGGCCUGAAGUCAGAGAGCGCAGCAGCCAUGCCAUUCUCAGCAUUUGAAACCGCCAUCAGACAGUAUAGGUGCUGUGUUGUACUGCCUCCUGAAUAGCUUUGAUCACAUUACAGAGUACUCUGAAAUGAAAUGGAUGUAAGGUUACAAAGGUCCAAGAUCUCCUCUUUGUCAGAGAUCCAGCGCCACGGUCGACAAGUUAACAGUGCUUGAUUAGAUCGAUUUCACGAUGAAAUUCUCUUUUUGUGGCUCUCCUGAUCAGAAAUCUUCCAGUCUUCAAUUGCAGAUGAGAUAGCUGUUAAAAGAAAGGAAAAGAAAUACAAAAAAAAAAGAGAAAGAAACUGAUGAUGAAAGGCCUUGUGGUUCAAUACCACAGCUGCAGUUCCCAUAAAUUCAGAUAGCGAUGUUGGCCCACAACUGGCAGUAUGGCCGCCUGAAGGACUCUGUACAGAUUACUCCGUACUCUGUAGAAAAUUGAGAUCUGUGUUCCUGAGUGGCAUUCAGUUCUUCUCAAAGCAUGACAUUGUGGCCUCGAAUCGAUAUGUAUAUGUCGGACUCUAGCUCAAAGGAUGGCAGAGAGGGAAAGCAGGAAACUAGGCAUGUUCUCGAGUUUCGAUCACAAUCAACGUUUCGGAAGAUCGAUCCCCUAAUACACCUUUGUUUACGCGUUGCCAUGCCCAGAAAUCGGCGUUGUCGCCACGCACCCAGCAACCAACUGCCCGUCCGUGGGUGUAUCGCCACGGUGCGUCCGCCGAGCAGUUGUGGACACGGCAUUCCCUGAUUUCGACGACUUGCCAGUUCAUCGCUGCGUGGACAGCGGUUCAGGGGCCAAUGGCGGGAGCGGAUCGGCUUCUCCCUCCACCAGCGCAGCGGCGGACUUUGACAGGCGAUUGGGCGACGGCGCAGUCUGCGUGUCAAUCGCACACGCCGUUCCUUUCGUUCGCCAUUACGUCGUCGCUCGAUCCGCUGCCCACUUUUUUCCCCUUGGUCUGCCCGCGCUCUUCUCUCUUUCUUCCUUUCUCUUCACCACUGCCAUUCCCACCUCUCCGUUUGAACUCUCCUCUCUUCGUCAAACCGCUUCUCUUCCUUGUCUCUCGCUCCAUCCCCGUUCUCUUCGUCAAUUCUCAAGGCAGGAAGGGACCUGAGGCUGCCAUUCUUUUCAGUUUGGCCCUUCCGCCGCUGCUCGCUCGCUGCUCUACCUUCUUCGUCAAUAUACAAUUUUAAUUCAUCGCCUUCGUUGAUCAUCCAUCCGUUGUUUACCGCUGCUUUCUUGUAAAUCUCCCUUCUGCAUUCAAGUCUUCCUUCAUCAACAGCUUGUUCGAUUUAAGCGCUUAUAUUGCUGCGGAACUCGACCCCAUCCAUCUCCAACCAUGAAACCUUCAUCCGUUUCCUUGGUGGCGGCCGCCGCCAUGGGAGCUACAUCCGCCUACGCGGGUGUGGUGACAGCUAGAGGCUCCAAGACACCUGCCAUCACCAUCAAAGGCAACG